AUGUCAAGCUCCAAACAAUGCAGUCUUCCGCAACCAGGAAGGAAGCGGAUGCAGAUGUGGACCUUUGAAGAAACGGACGAUGCCUCCGGACGCCAGAUGCCCAUCGUCGACGGCAAAUAUCACGAUCCAGAGACAUGGGAGGUCAGAACAAUUGCAUCGCGUCAAGAGUGCGUUGCCGGGCCUCCCAAUAUCGACCAAUACUGGCACAACCUGGUCGCCGGGCCGGACGACAAGUUUUACGCGAUGAGAUCCAGUUUCACCAAGGACAUCACUGAAUUCAUGAUUCGCCUUGGGGAGUUUCUCAAGAAGGGACAAUGCAAGCUCCAUUCCGUAAACGCCACCGAGUAUUCCGUCACCGUCAUUAUUGAAUCGCUGCGAAAAAGACACGAGAUAACAGCGGAGAUGGAAUCCUGCGGAUUGGUUGGACCCAUGUCAUGA